UUGAUUAUGAAUGCGUCUAAAACCCUAAAGAAGAAGUGUAAGUAACCCGGAUGAGCAGUACAUAUUGAGGAAACGGGCCUCUGCUCGCUCUUUUCCUGAAGAGCUAACCACGUUUGUGGCUCUUGUUCCUGGCUCACCGCUGUUCGCUUGAAUUUCUCCCGAAUAAGUCGGUCAGGAAUAAUCAAAAUGGCUUUCAAGGACACUGGCAAGGCACCUGUAGAGACUGAGGUCGCCAUUCACCGCAUCCGCAUCACCCUCACCAGCCGCAAUGUCAAGUCUCUGGAGAAAGUCUGCGCAGACUUGAUCCGUGGGGCUAAGGAGAAGAACCUGAAGGUGAAGGGACCCGUCCGCAUGCCAACCAAGACUCUGCGUAUCACCACCAGGAAAACACCUUGUGGUGAAGGAUCCAAAACCUGGGAUCGCUUCCAGAUGAGGAUCCACAAGCGCCUGAUUGAUCUGCACAGCCCAUCUGAAAUCGUCAAGCAGAUCACCUCCAUCAGCAUUGAACCCGGUGUAGAGGUUGAGGUUACCAUCGCAGAUGCAUAAAUGAUGCAGAUGAUUCAAUAAAGAAAUGAAUAAGGAAACUGA